CAGUGCAGGGACUCGUGGCGCGGCAGUUUAAUUCUCCGGCGGCCGCAGAUUGAGGGGACAGGAUGGUUCUACCAGGGCUCAUCAGGAAACUCGGUCAUCAGCUGACUGAGAUCAGGGAGCGCGCGCUCAGGAGUAUUCUCAGCAAGAUCGAGCACAACUUAAUCUGCUACGCGGAUCUAGUUCAGGAACGGCUGCUUUUUCUCCACUUGCUGGAAUGGUUCAAUUUCCCAUCCGUCCCCAUGAAAGAGGAGGUUUUGAAUCUGUUGAACCGGUUGGUUAAGUAUCCUCCAGCAGUCCAGCAUUUGAUUGACCUGGGUGCUGUAGAGUUCUUUUCUAAGCUUCGACCUACUGUGGAACCAGAUCUGCAAGCUGAAAUUGAUGGCAUUCUGGAUGGACUUUUUAUUCUUCCUUCAGAAGUUCCGGCAGUGUAUUCUGUCCCAUACCAAAGCAAUCAGACUGAAUUGUCACAACCUGAAAUCCUAACAGGGUAUUUUCCCCAAGACAAAAGUAAUUUUCAGCAAAUGAAUGUGCCUCCUAAACCAGUCGUAAAUCAAACUGCAAAGUGUUUGAAGUUUUCUACAUUUCCUUGGUUACCCCUAACAACUACAGACAGACAUGUUCUCUCCUCUAAUGAAAGCUCUUUAAGAAGUAGUAAUCACACUUUGAUCUGGAACACCUGUGAACUAUUGAAGGAUGUUAUUAUGCAAGAUUUUCCUGCUGAGAUUUUCCUGCAAAGGCCAAAAAUUGUUCAGAGCCUGUUGUCUCUGCUGAAACUGGCCUUUGAAGGAGAUGGAAAACAUCGCCUGGCUCUGCAGUCAGUGUCCUGCUUGCAGCAGCUCUGUACAUAUUUAAGAAAUAGACUUAACUUUCACCGAGAUCCAAAUUUUUUCUCUAAUAAGCAAGACACAAUUUCCCAAAAUUCUUCCAUGUCUUACUGUCAUGAAGCAAGAGGUACUCACCAUUCUCAGAAUCUGUCCCUGGGAAGCAGCAGCCCUCGGCCUUCUGUUAUUGGGCGCACAGGCCAGCGACCCAGAGGAGAUGGCCAGGAUUGGGAUGCAGUGUCCUCCAGUGGAAGUAGUAGUCAUGCGCAUGUGAACUCGAGGAUAUCUGUCCAUUCACCUUUGGAGAUGGGCCACAUAGAUCUGCCAGAGCUGGAAACAGAAGACACUUUGGAACUACAGUUCCAGCAGCUCAGUCUUCCCCAGUUCUGCGUCUCCCUUCUGGAAUCAGCAGUUCCUCUCUUAAGUACAGGUAGUAGACAAAUGAUAAUAAGAGUUUUGGAAUUGCUUGCAGAAGAUAUGAUCCUAAUUGAUGAAGCAAUUUCAGCUGAUAUCUGGGAUGACAGCAGCCUUUUUGCUAUAGAUAUGAAAGAGAAGCUGUUACUGGUGUUGGGGUCCCUUGGAGAAACCAUGUGUUACCAUAAAAGCAGUGUUGGUUUGGAUCAAGCAGAGGUAAUGCUAGUGCACCACAGAAUGGCGUUUGUCAGCAUUGCUCUGUUUGCAGUUCGAUUGUUACAAAUGCUUCUGCCUGUUGAAAAGGCAGGUGAAUUUUUACCAGAGCCUAUAUCAGCAGCAUUAUUUCUUCUUUCUUUGGACAUGCCUUUUUCUUUGGAAUAUCCAAAUGUUCAUGAAGCUGUUGUGGCCUAUUUGGAACAGUUGAAUUCCGAGAACUACAAAAUUUAUAAACAAACUUCGGAGGCUGUUUAUUCAAUUGAGUGUACCUGUAACUUCUUGUCUGAUGUUGGGAAAGAGGGAGAGAAGAAUCUUUUAGAAUUAGUGGAGCUUGCAGACCAAGCCUUGCGUAGCUUUUCCUAUCAUCAACAUUUUCCCCUAAUAAAGGAAAUCAUCUGCAUUUGUUCAAAGAUCUGGAAAUCUGCCCAGGCCAGUCCAUUACUGCAAGGAGAGAGUCAGAAGGUGCUUCUGCAUAUGUUAUCUCACCCACUGCCACAAGUGAAAAUUGAGACUUACAAUAGCUGUCUGGAAGUUGUUAAGGAAUGUUUAGGUGUUCAUAAUGUCACUAUACCUGUGUCUUCCCUUUGUAAUGGAAUUCAUUUCCUACUUCACCCAAAAGUUCUAUAUGAAAUCUCUGCAUUUGGUAUCCAAGAACCCAGAAGUGAGGUGAAUGCUGCUGCCAGGGCCAUUCUGUUGUAUCUGCUUCAGGGACGAAUGAUGAUGACAGCACUGACCUGGAACAAGUUUAUUGAGUCUCUGUGUCCUGUCAUUCCAGUACUACAGGGCUAUGCUGACCCAGAAGAUCCUUUCGGUAACUCCAUCCUUCUUUUAAGUGAAGCAAGUUCUGAGGCAGGAGAAGGGAUUCUUCCCUGUACUACCCAGUUAAAGUUCAUGCUGCGACUUUUGCUAGUGAAAAAGCCAUCGGUUCGUUCACUAGCAUUAAAACUUUUAGCGUUUCAUCUUACACAUGAAGAAGGGGCUCAUACAAAGCGCCCUGUAAUAGAUGCCGGAGUUCUCUCCAGAGUUACUAAUUUAUUUAUUGUGAAAAAACCUGUUGAACUCAGAUUGGAUGACAGAAGAGAACUGGUUAUUAAGUUGGAGACUGUUGAGAAGGUAUAUGAAAUCUUCACCUCGGAUGAUGUUGAUCUUGUUUUGAGAAAGUCAGCUGCAGAACAGUUAGCUGUGAUUAUGCAAGAUAUUAAAAUGCAUGCUGUGGUGAAAAAGUUAUGCUUAACUGACAAGAUAAUUGAAUAUUUAAAUGAAUGUGUAAGUCAAGAUGGCAAGGUUGUAGAAUGUUUGAUUCGGCCAUGCCUGACGCUCCUGAGAAAGGUUUUGUAUGCUGACCCACUCAUGCGUGUGUCCCUCUCACAACAGUCUUCUGUCUUGAUCCUGUUAUUCAGAGUUUCCUUGAUAUUUCAUGAAGAUUCUACAAUAGUGACUGAAGUUGGAGCACUGUUUUGUCUUCUGCUGUUUGAUGAAGUAUCAAGAAUGGAUAUGUGGUCUGCUAACCCUUCCAGUGAACCUUCACCGUCAGCCUUCAGUUUGCCUAUUUCAGUUUUUAGAAGGUAUCAUCUACCGGUACAUGUAGAUGGCCACCACGCUGUGAGCCCUUACUCAGUAGUUUUGCCAUUGUCUGCUGAUUGUUUGGCCUUGAAGCCUGUGUCAGAUAUGCUGAGAAUAGCCUGGAACUUGUCCUGGUACCAUGGGAGUGAGAAUCUACUGAGGCAAAUGAACUCCGAAACUAAAAUCCAAGAAUUUUCAGAUACACUGAAGCUAUCCACAGUGGACAUCCUCACUCUGAAGAUAACACACACAGCUAGUGGGUUGCAGGACUGCUUUCAUUCCAUUGUUCAGGCUGUAGCCCACAGGGAUGUUAGGGCUGCUGUCACAAGGAUGAGUUUUUAUCUUCUGAAUGACAAAUUGUCUUUAAAGGGAGGCACCAGCCCAUGUGGGGUUACCUUGAAGUCCUUGGGUUGGCCCAGUGCACUAAACAGGUUUUUACAAGUGCUUCCUGCUUGCACUGAAGAUGAGAAACUGCUGAUAGAUAUUGUACAUUUUUUAAAGAAGUUAAUGAAAGAACAAAGAAAAAACCCACCAGUUGAACUUCUAAACUGGAUUCUAGAAUUACUCCUUAGACAUAAUCCAAACCCACUAUUAGACCUACUGGUUCUGACAGAGUCACAAACACCAGAAGAAACAGAUGACAUCCGGACUGCUGUGAGACAACAACUGCAGAAAGAGCUCAUUGCUCUUUUCAAUACCCUGCUGCUCAGUUUCAAGGCAGUUACUGACAGGAAAUGCUUGGAACUUCUUUAUGUCUUCCAAACACAGUUGGGUCUGAAACUGCUCCAGUGUCUGAGGGUCACAGAUGCUCCUCAUUUUUACGGCCUGCCUUCGCUGGAGCGGACUUUAAGAGGGAUGGCUCACCUCACCGCAUUUCCAGGGUGGAGUUCACAUUCGCCUUCAACAAAGCCACUUGAAAUCUGUGUGAAGUAUUUGUCAGGUCUCCUGGAGGUUAUUACUUCUUUUUACGUGGAACGUGGAGGAAAUGCUAUGUCGUUCAUGGGAAAAGGUGUUACAAAGAGCACAAUUCUUUGCUUGCUUCACUUAUCCCAUGAGAUGAUGGCCCAUGCUCAGAGCUCGGAGUGGAUGUCUCUUUGGUUUUUGCCUUUAGGUAGUCAUAGUGAAGAACAUGGUCCUGCUCAACAAGGAUUGGCUUGGCUGAUUCCCUUAUGGGUUGAUCGAGACCCAGAGGUGAGAUUCACUUCCUUGGGGUUGGGAUCAGCACUGACCAUGCUUGAAGCUGGCUGUGUGGCCUUGGCAAACAGUUGUCAGAACAUUUCCGGUGGGCUCUGGGGAACGGUCGUGAACAUUCUCCUGGACCAGUCGGAAUGCAGCAUGGUGCGCCGGGAGGCUGCAUUUAUUCUUCAGAAUCUCCUUGUAAUUCCGAUGCCUACAGACUUUAUGAAGGACUUUACUUGGCAGGGCCCCUGUGUCCAUGAUGAGGAUUCUGGCUUGUCACUCACAGGAAAACCUGCCCUCCAGGCGCUUUUAUACCACUGCCAUUUUUAUGAACAUUUGAAUCAGAUGGUGAAACAUUGUUACCUGGGACGGUAUAUGUUUGAUUUGAGGAUUUCUGCUUUUGAUGGAACUUCAGAAGCUAAUGAUUUAAAUGGUUUAGAUGACUCAUUCAAGUUUUGGAGGGCUCUAUCAAGGAUGUCCAACCAAGAUCAGGAUCCAAGUUCUCUUUCCACUUCAGAAACCACGGUAGCACCGUCAGUGGGGAGUGCUGAAUUUCAUCCACUUGUUCCCUCAGCAGUGCUUCUCUCUGAAGCCUCACAUGACCAGUUUGUGGCCCAAGGUCAGCAUGAAACUGCAUCAUCACAGCCACCUCAUGAUUCAUCCCUGUCUGCUCCCCUGCCCAGGCAGUAUGUUUUUGUUACUCCGUCUCUUCUUUCAGCAAUCUGUGGCCUCCUAGACAACCUAUUGGCGAUUGCUCCACAAGAAACUGCAGGUGCUCUCCAACAAGCCCAGCUCAUAGAACUUCUCUGUAGCAUUGUAGAUCCCACCCUUUUGGAGACAUAUGUUUGGGAACUCAAGACCCCGCUGUCCCCAUUACCCCCAGUGGAACAUGCUCAGGCUCAGGCCUCCUUUCUCCUGGAAUAUCUGUCAUCUUUGUCCAGGCUUCUGCAGUCCUGUUUGUUGGUAGACCCUAACCUUGUGAUGCAGGAAGAGCUUCUGAAAACUCUUAUCACUAAUAUCGUUGGAGUUCUCACAGUUUGCACCAAAGAUGUAUUAGAUGUAGAGUUAAUCUCGGCUUUUUAUCACACAUGGACACACUUACUUGACCUCCUGAUCACACUCCUGAGGAAAGCUGCUGCUUUCUGUCUCGCUUUCAUUACCUCAGCUCUGGCCAAGCGCUGGACCGCAGUGAUUGAUAUGCUCUGCAAAUGUGUGGGCUUAUCGGCCAGGUGUCCUGCUCUGUACAUUGCCAGUCUGCAGUUCCUGGCUCUUCUUCUGACUGAGGAAGCGAAAAUGCAUCUCCAGGACAAGAACAGAAUUUGUUUAAGCCAUAGUCCAACAAUGGGUUUGCUUCUUGAUGAAAUCCAGGACAAUCAGAAAUCAUCAGAACAACUUAAUGAAGUAAUUCUUCAGUGCUAUGAAGGGAAAUCCUCCAAAGAUAUCCUGAAGAAAGUUGCUGCAAAUGCAUUAAUCUCCCUUCUGGCUGUCAGCAGAAGAGCACAGAACCAUGCGUUGAAAGCCGACCUCAUAGACAGCUGUAUGGAACAGAUGAAAUACAUCAACGCACAACUGAACCUCGAUUCUCUAAGGCCUGGGAAGGCAGCACUGAAAAAGAAGGAGGAUGGUUUUACUAAAGAGUUAAGCAUCACUAUGCAGCUCCUAAGAAACUGUCUUUACCAAAAUGAAGAAUGUAAAGAAGCAGCUCUUGCAGCUCAGCUAGUCCCUGUCAUGCAUUCUCUGUGGCCCUGGCUGUUAAUGGAUGAUUCAUUGAUGCAAAUUGCCUUGCAGCUACUUUGUGUCUAUACUGCAAAUUUUCCAAAUGGUUGCAGUUCUAUUUGUUGGUCAAGUUAUGGACAACAUCCUGUUCACACUGCACACAGAGGAGUCCCCAGCAACUCUCUGAUGCUGUGUAUCCUAAAGCUGGCUUCUCAGAUGCCGCUUGAAAACGCUGCUCUACAGCAGAUGGUUUUUAUGUUUCUUUCAAACCUGGCCUUGUCCCAUGACUGUAAAGGAGUAAUUCAAAAGAGUAACUUCUUACAGAAUUUUCUGACUCUGUCAUUGCCAAAAGGAGGAAACAAACACCUCAGUAAUCUGACCAUUCUUUGGUUGAAGUUCCUCCUGAAUUUGUCAUUUGGAGAAGACGGGCAGCACAUGAUCCUGAGGCUCGAUGGCUGCUUAGACUUACUGACAGAGAUAAGCAAGUACAAGCACAAGAGCAGCCCUCACAUACCUCUUCUUAUUUUUCAUAACAUAUGCUUCAGUCCUGCUAAUAAGCCCAAAAUCCUGGCUAAUGAAAAGGUCAUUACUACACUAGCUGCCUGUCUGGAAAGUGAGAAUCAAAAUGCCCAGAAGAUUGGAGCAGCUGCACUUUGGGCUCUCGUUUACAAUUAUCAGAAGGCAAAAACAACUUUGAAAAAUCCAUCAAUAAAAAGAAGAGUGGAUGAAGCAUAUUGCUUAGCAAAGAAAACUAUCUCAAACUCAGAAGAACACUCUUUAAAUUCAUACUACCUGAAAUGUCUUGAGAACCUCGUGCAGCAGCUCAGCUCUUCCUGAGUGCCAUGAGGUGCUCCACCCCAAAGCUGACAGCCAGCCCAUAAAACUGAACAUGAGGCUGCUUUGUGUGGUCACUACUACCUGAAGAUCUGUCUGCAGAGCACUGAUGUGCUCCCUUCCCUGUAAGAAAUAGAACUGGACACACUGAAAGAAAUGGAAUUGGUAACAUCUCAUCUCUGUCCAUUUGUGGCAGCUCUCUUGCAGUAAUAACAGCUGACAGGAGAUGGUGGGAUAAGGCACAGAAAGUUCUGGCAGUAUAAACAUUUUUACCCUUUUCUAUGCAAUUUUAUCUAUAAAAAUUAUAUUUAAUAAUUAUUUAAUAAAAUAAAAACUUUUUUAGA